AUGACUGCCCAAGGAGAACCCCAAGUUCAGUUCAAACUUGUGUUGGUUGGUGAUGGUGGUACUGGAAAAACUACGUUUGUGAAACGUCAUCUGACUGGUGAAUUUGAGAAGAAGUAUGUAGCUACCUUGGAUGUUGAGGUCCACCUCCUCUUGUCCCAUACCAACAGAGGACCUAUUAAGUUCAAUGUGUGGGAUACAGCUGGUCAGGAGAAGUUUGGCGGACUGAGAGAUGGCUAUUACAUCCAAGCUCAGUGUGCCAUUAUAAUGUUUGAUGUCACAUCAAGAGUUACUUACAAGAAUGUGCCCAACUGGCAUAGAGAUCUGGUACGAGUGUGUGAGAACAUCCCCAUCGUGUUUGGUGGCAACAAAGUGGAUAUUAAGGACAGAAAGGUUAAGGCAAAGUCAGUUGUCUUCCACCGAAAGAAGAAUCUGCAGUACUAUGACAUUUCUGCCAAAAGUAACUACAGCUGUUGUAACUACAACUUUGAAAAGCCCUUCCUCUGGCUUGCUAGAAAACUGAUCGGAGACCCUAACCUGGAGUUUGUCGCCAUGCCUGCUCUCGCUCCGCCAGAGGUGGUCAUGGACCCAGCCUUGGCAGCAUAGUACGAGCACGAUCUAGAGGUUGCUCAGACUACUGCCCUCCCGGAUGAAGAUGAUGACCUGUGAGAAAGCAAAGCUGGAGCCCAGCGUCAGAAGUCUAGUUUUAUAGACAACUGCCCUGUGAUGUCAGUGGUGCAGCGUAUUUGCCACUUUAUUAUGUAGCUGAGCAGAACAUGUGCUUAAUCUUUGGGAUGCUGAAGGGGAUGAAUGGACUUUGGA